AUGCCGGCUGAGAACCGUGUUUUUCGUCUGACAUGCUCCGCCAUGAGCUCUUCGCUGGUGAAGGGAGGACGAAGGACGAGACUUUCGGGCGAACAACGAGUUGUUGAACCUGAACAAUUACUAAGACCCAAACCCAAAGGCCGCAGCAGCAGUGCGGAGCUAGUGGCAGGUGCGGCGACAGGGCUCCCGGAUCUGGGCGACCCACUUGUCCCACCUCCGCUUGCGAACUCCCCAGAACCUCUUAUUGGCGUUGCCAAAGCAGUCACCGGCGUGCUGUUCGCGAUGACGUCGUUUGGGGUGGGGCGAUUUUCGAACUGUGGCGGUGGCGACGAGACAGACGGCGACGGUUCAGUGUUGGCAGUCGGAGUCCGACAGGCUGCAAAUGGUGUUGUCCUGCGGUGUCUGAAGUGGUGUGCGUCCAGCAGGUGGCGGUGGUGUUCAUCCGGCAGGUGGUAUGUGGUAGGCGACAAGCGGUUGACGACGGACAACGGUUGA